AUGAAAUUAGUCAGUCUCAUCGUUAAACCCUUUUGUAUAUUAUCAAUUUUGGUUGAGGAAUUUAGAACCACGCAAAUAAAUAUACUGAACCCCUUAGAUGCGAUCUGUAAUAAACCGAGAAGAGACGCCGUAUGCGUGAGUCAGCUAAAAAACGCGAAAAAAGUAGACAAAGCGAUACUACAGGAACGUCCAGACGUCAAAAUAUUUUUACCUUUCCGUUUCCUUUUCUACAAGCCCGACGAACUUUUCAAACCUCACACGUACAACAGAUUCUUAGCCGCCCCCACGGGUGAUCACGUCAUAAGUUUGAUUGAUGAGAUAUCUCUGAUACUACCACCGGCUCCUCCGCUGUCCCAAUUGGACGAUCUGGAUCAGGAUCUGUUUUGUAACGGGGACAAUCGUCCUGUUAACUGCGGGAAGGAUUGCCAAUGCGUCCAUAACGUUGAUAUUCCACUUAAUGCCAUCGUAGAAGUAGUUUUAGUUGAUGAAGUACAAUCGCCGAAUUUGAGUCACCCUUUCCAUCUCCACGGGUAUAACUUCAACGUGAUCGGUAUCGGUAGAUCCCCCGAUCAAAACGUGAAGAAAAUCAACCUGAAGCACGCCUUAGAUUUGGAUAGGAGGGGACUACUACACAGACAGUUCAAUUUACCUCCGUCGAAAGAUACCGUAGCGGUACCGAAUAACGGAUAUGUGAUAUUUAGAUUUAGAGCCGAUAAUCCAGGUUGGUGGUUGUUCCAUUGCCAUUUUCUCUUCCACAUCGUCAUAGGAAUGGGUCUUAUUAUACACGUCGGAACGCAACACGAUUUACCGCCGGUGCCGCAUCUGUUUCCGAGAUGCGGGGAUCAUUUGCCGCCCAUAACGGGACCGCCUCCUCUACACAGUUACCAGUAA